AUGACACCUCGUUUUGAGCUUUUAUUGAAAGUAGUAAAACUGAUCAAUUUCGCGAGGGCGCUAUUGUCCCUAUUGUCAAGUCUGGCACGGAUUGUUUUCCCCUGGGGUAAUUUAGAGAAGUACUUAUCGUAAGCCAAACUCACUUUACCGACAUCUUACCAAGGUGGAGACGACUAUUUGUUCGGAAAUAUUCAACCAAGUCUGGCUCUUACAAGACAUUUGGAGCCUGGGCGGAUGGACUACAAGAUGUAGAGAAGUUUUAUUGAAGAAGACUACAGACGUGGGCUUAGAUCUUAAGUCUUUCUCUUGGCACAGCUUCAGAAGUGGCGGUGCAUCUGCCGCCGCUAAUGGUGGUAUCUCCGAUAGAAUGUUUAAGCGCCAUGGUAGAUGGCGUUCGGAAAACGCUAGGAUGUUUACUUUGCAGACUCGAUAG